AUGGAAGCCAAGGAUGAAAAGCAGGCCGAGGAAGUUAAGCCCGAAGAAGUCAAGCCCGAUGAAGUCAAAGCCGAGGAUGUCAAGCCAGAGAAACAAGACAUGGACAGCGAAGAGAUCCAGCUGCCCAGAGAAGAGCUGAUCCUCUCGGCGAACGCACUGUCUGUGCUCGUGUUCGAGGUGACUGUGAUCGCCAUCGUGGUCGCGUACAUCCUGAUCACCGCGCCGGCAAGGUCGACUUUCUCGGAGUUAAUCGAGCCCUGCCGCAACCUGAGUUGCUUCCAGCUCGACCUGGAGCUGUACACGUCCAUGAACCUGUCGGCGGACCCGUGCUCGAACUUUUACCAGUACACAUGCGGCCUGUGGGGCGACCAGCACAAGGGAUUCGCAAACCAGUUCGACCUGCUCGAGGCGAAAGUAUCCAACUUCGUCAAGCAUCGUGUGAUGGAGGAGGAGGCGAGGCUCGCGGCAGGUGGUCCCUUUUAUGCAGGUGACCGAACUGUGACGACCUACCUGUCGUGCGUGGAUGUCUACAAGAAACAGGGCGACACGUCGUCCAUGAUCAAGGAGCUCGUGUUCUCGAAGCUCGAGGCAGACUUCGCGGACCAAACGAAACAUUUACCUUUGACAGCACCGGAAACGCUAGGCGUACUCGCACAUCUAUCUCUCGAUUGGAAUUUGGGUAUUUUCGUAGACUUUACGAUCGCGCCGUUGGCCAACAGCGCGGAGCAGCAACAGCAAGCGGAGAACAAGAUGAUCGUGUAUAUCGAUUACAGCGAUACGGUCCCGCUGUGGAAAAUGCACAAGGAGAAGUUUUUUGGCUCCAGAGGCCCUUCACAGUGCUUCCGAGAUUUCUGGGCUUUGAUUUCAACCGGUGAAGUAGAUGAACACAACCUAGAGCUACUUGUUAAAACGGACGUUCGUGUUACCACGACUUGGAGCCUCGCGGCCUCUUCUGUGAAGAAGUCGAAGAAUAUUCAGGUGAAAGAGACACCUUCUACGAAGCUGAAAGCUGAUCACUGGCUGUCGGCGAUUAACAAGCGUCUUCCCCAAGACGCGCAGCUCACGGAGGAUAGUAACGUUUACGUUGCCGACUUAGGAAUCUUCGCACAUACCGAAGAGGUGUUAGAUGUAGAGGAUGCAGAGGAUAUGGAGGCAUUAUACGCACUCAUAAAGUUUCAUGUCGCGCGUCUUCUCGCGCCUUUAACUUCCUACAAGUUGCUACACUCCGCCUUGGGAAAUCCACCGGACGACACGGCUGCAUCGGAGAUCGUUACGAGAGAGUGCGUCGCCGCUAUUGACCGGCUUUUCCCGUAUGCCUGGCCACUAUUCCUCUUCGGCAAGAAAAUCACGUCAACGAAGUUGAUGAUAGCCAAGACAAUGUACCAGUAUUUGACAGAAGCGACGAAGACGGCUCUGUCGUGGCUCUCUGACGAUGAUCGGAACGCCUCCGAGGCGAGGCUCAACUCGCUAGUUCCCGUCAUCGCUUGGCCCGAUAAUACCUACGACCCGAACGAGCUGUCUAUGCUGUGCCCUCCCGAUAAGGAUAAAAACACCGCCUUCAUCAGCUCUUACCUUUCUUCCGUCGAAGUACUCAACGGCAAGCGCAAAGCCGAGCUGGCCCCUGUUCAGAUCAGUCCGCCGCCGGCGAAUGACAGCGCCGGUUUUCGGGCCUUCGACGUUACCGCCGUGUACUCCCCGUGGCGCGGCACUCUGUACGUUCCGCCGGCCAUUUUGUUCGAGCCGUUCAACAUCGAGGCGAGCUUGGCGUUCACGUGGGGCGCCCUAGGCCACGUCCUAGCGCACGAACUGUGGCACGCUGCCUUCGGCGACUUCACGCUCGGUGUGUCACCCGCGACCGACGUGGUCGUGAGCGCGACGCGCUAUAAGAAGCACGAGUGCUUCUCCAAGGUCGUGGAAAAGGCUGGGAGCACAGCCAAGACCGCGGACUUCUCGGCACCCGAAGGCUUUGCGGACAUCGCCGGAUUGCAGACUGCGCAGUCUUCCUUCGCUAAUAGCUGGGGCGCCACCAAGAGCGGUGGAAACGGCACCGCAGGAUUUACCCCUGAGCAGCUGUUCUACAUCGGCUCCUGCUUCAAGUGGUGCGCCGAUAACGGCGACGCUCAUCCUCUAGGUUCCAAGGUCAACAUCAAGCCGCGCGUGCGGUGUAACGCGCCGAUCAUGAUGGUCGCUGGCUUCGCUGAGGCGUUCGGCUGCACGGACGACAGCCCCAUGAUGAAAAUGCGAAAGGCUAAGCGUUUCUGCAACGAAUCCAACUCGGGAGAUCACGCCUCUUCGCAAACCAUAAAAUGA